CAACAGUAAUGGCGGAAAGUGUACUUAGUAACUAUGGAGUCUGAAUAGUAAAUUUCGGCUGAGGUUAUCAUUGUUUCAGAGGGGGUCCUUCGAUUUUUGUCUCAAGACAGCUAGAGAUGAUCAAAGAAUGCCAUCUGGGAAGGAUCGAAGCAAGGAGGAUACAUGGAAAGAAUCUGAUUUAAAGAAAGCCUUGAAGGAUGACAGAGGAAAGUCCAAAGAUGAAAGCAGAAAAUCCAAAGAACAGUCCACAAGUCGUAGGUCUGAGGACAAAAGAGAACGAAAGGAUAAGGAUGAUGAUAGGAAGCGAAGAGGUCAUGAUGAACUAGCCAAUGGGGAUCACAGGAAAACAGACAGGGACAGGGAUAGGGAUAGAGAUAAAGAUAAAGAUAGAGGGAGAGACAAAGAGCGAGAAAAAGAGAGAGAUCGUGACAGAGAGAAAGAUCGUGAUAGAGACAAAGAACGAGAUAGAGGCAAAGAACGAGACAGAGGCAAAGAGCGAGAAAGAGACAGAGACAAAGACAGAGAAAAAGACAGGGGUCGGGAGAGGGACAGGGAUCGGGAAAAAGACAGAGAGCACACAAAAGAUAAGGAUCGGGAAAGAGAAGGGGAUCGAGACAGGAGAAAAAGAGAUGAGGGUAGAGAUCAUGAGAGAUCAAGGGACAAAGGAGAUGAUCAUGACAAAGAUAAAGACAGGUUGAAAGGUGGAGAAAGACGAACUGAAGAAAGAGGUAGACAUCCAGAAAGGUCAAAAGAUGGGAGAUCUAAAGAACAUGACAGAGGUAAGGAAAGGCGAAAAGAAAAGGAAAGAAGAGAGAGAGAUACAGUAGUCGAGACGACAAUGAGGAUGAUGAAAGAUGAUGAGAGGAAGCAUGAGGGCAGGGAACGACAUGGUGAACGUGACAGAAGUCGGGAAAGGAGGAAAGAGAAAAGUAAUGAGGACAAAGACCGGGAUCGAAGAAAAGAAAAGGAAAAGGAAAGGAGGGGUGAAAUGGAAAGAAGCAGAGAUGGGGAUGGAAGGAGAGAGGGGAGGAAAGAUGAUAAAGAUAGGGACAGAGACAGGGAACGACGAAAAGAGAAAGAAAAAGACAGGUUGGAUAAAGAAAAUAGAGAUUCUGAUAAGGAUGAAAGGAAGAGAAGUGAUAGACGGGAAAAGGAAAGCAGAGAUCUUGAUAGAAGAAAAGAGCGGUCAAAGAAUGAGGACUCUAGCAGUAGAGAAAAAGAGGACAAAAUUAAGAGAAGAGAGAAAGAAAUGAUUGAAGCAUUAAAACAGGAAGAGCAGGAAUUAAAGAGGAGUCCUCCAAAGUUUAGAUCAGAUACAGUGGAAGAAGCAGAUACCAUUGACGAAGAUGUUGAACAACAGCAAAAGACAUCUUUGCAAAGAUCGCCUUCUGGUGGUACAGUCGAGGAAGUCCACGAGGAAGAAAAUGAUGGAUAUAACUAUGAUGAUGACUUUGAGGAUUAUGAUGAUGACUUUGAAGAUGAUGUGGAUGAUGAGGAAGACAAUGAAGAAGCAAGUCUUGAUGUGCAGGAUCAUGCAGGAAUGCAAGAGCUUCUACAGGCAAUACAAGCUGAGAACCAGGAUGCAAGGACAUCAUCCAGAGAAGGAAAAGAAGAGACAAAGGAACACUCAGUACCAGUAAAUAAAGAAAAAGUCCGUGGCACUACUGCCAGCCGUGGAAGGAUAAACUUUGUUGCUGCCAAACAGAAACAAAUCACUGAUCAAGUUGCCUCACGGACAAGAAGAAGAGGACAGGAGUUGAUGCACUUGAUCGAUCUCGAUGUUGCCGUUUUUGAUAUUUUUGAGUUGCCGCCUCUGAACGAGUAUGAGCUGUACAUUAAAAACUUUGGAAGAUCUGACACUAAACAGGCGUAUGUCCAGUGCAAUGAAGAUAAUGUUGAAAAAGAGGUACAAACUGAGGAAAUCGAGACAAGAACAAAGUGGACACAAAAUCCAGCAAGCGAUGCUGCUGGGUUUGGAGACGAGGAAGACGAUCAAGGGGAAGAUUUAUCCACCUUAGCAGAAAAAGCUAACAUAGACAGCUUAAGAUUAUCAAAAUUUCUUCAACGGGCUGCGCAGACUUGUUUGAUUCUACUGGAAGAGAACAGUAGUGGGCAGACAAAUACUCAGUUAAAAGACAAGAAAGACAUGACGUGUAGCGACGGAUUCAUUCAACUAGCUACCAAGCACUCCUAUCUUGAAGGACGACAGGUGAAAUGUGUCCACAUAUCUCCAGUUCAAACAUACUUCUUGCUCACUGCUUAUGGUGCUGUGAAAGAGCAGGGAAAGACUGCUUCAAAGGCUCACCGCAGUAUUCAGGAAAAAGGCAUUGUUUGUUUUUGGAACACUAAUGAACUCUCCGAGCCUCAAAAGGAGGAUGGAUCAGUAGUAGGGUGGGACUUGAGAGAGUCUUCGUUGAUGUACUCGUUUUCUAAAAUCUCCGUUGGAGACAACGAGGUCUUCUUAAGGCCGCCAACAUUUAGCACAGCUGGAGUGUUGAGAAAGGAUGAAAGUCAUCUCAGUCCGGUCGUAUCGAUCCUACCCGUCGUCAUGCCUGGAGACAGACUUUUGUUACAAGAGAUUUCCGCAGCUACGAGUGCAAGGGCUUCUGGAGGAACAAGUAUGAUGUCAGAUGAUAUGUCAGGCCUAUCGUUUCAAUUAGCGUCGUUAGAAGAAAAUGCUGCUAUUCAUCUCUGGGUUGUGGUGGAACUUGACAGAGCGAACAAUGCAGGCUCAGAAUCGGACUUAGGUUUGUCUCCUGGAGGAAAAAUUAAGAUCAUCAAAAGCUCUUCAAUAUCUCUUCACUCACCAUUCAGGUUUGUUGCUGUGGGUUAUAUUCUUCAUUGUGAAAGGCACGGGGGCCGAGCUCCUCCAAAGGCACACAGACCUGCUAUAGAGAACUUGGUGAACGUGUCAGCUGUUGAUCCCUCCCCGUGGCAGGUGCCAUGUAUGCUGGCAGGAACAGAGGAUGGGAAUUUAUGGCUGUUUAACUUAAAGAAUCAAACACCGUUAUUCAGCUGGUCUGCAUCCACGAACGGGGAUGGAAUUAUAUCGGUGCAGUGGUCUCGAAGCAGGCCCAGUGUAUUUUAUGUGUUGGAUGUAAAUUCUAACCUACAUAUCUGGGACUUACUGUUAAGUGAUCAAGGUCCAGUGGCCGUUGAGAAAUUCAAACAUGGACGAGUUGUGUGUUUUGAGCUGUCUAAUGAUUACUCAGCAUCCGGGAUUGGUAUUCCAGGAAGAAAUCCAGAAUUGGUCCUGGUGUUCGAAAGCGGAGUCGUGGAAAUUCACAAGCUCAGCAAAGCGUUCACCAGGGCGUCUGGUGAUGAACUAGACUCUUUUGCCUCAUUCCUUGCUAUGGUCAUGUAAAUCAAUAUUCAUCCGAGUCAAAAUGAGUUUUUGUAGUCUAAGCUGAUAUCUCAGUUUUCAGCCUAACAUGCAACCAACUCACUGCUUACCUUUUUUUGCACCAUUUCAAAAAAAUUCCUUACACAGAGCAUCGCCGGCCGGCUCGUAACCUACGGGCUUCACUACUUCUCCCGUGGGCCUGCUAGCAGUCUUAUACUCAUCAGCGAAAUAGUUUUGCAACCGACUUUUCCAUACUGUAGAUAUCAAAAGGUAAAUUAAAGUACGUGUUGUAUAUGUAUUUAUUAGCCACAUGAAGUGGUGAACUUGUACUACGUUCGUAGUUACUUUUGAUCAAACACGAUAAUUAAUUAACAUGUCGUACUUUUUUUUGAUGUUUUGUGAGGGCGAAGGGGUACGUGAGGGGUGUGAUGAAGCUUCUUUAAAAGAACCAGUGUCACAACUAGGAAGGAAAGAAAAUGAAAUCUUGAAUGAUUGUUAA